AUGGCUUUCGCUCUCCCUCGAGGCCUCGGCCCCGUCCGCCUGACCAUUAUUUUUCUCAUUCUCUUGUCGCUCCUAGUAUUCCGCUCAUACUACCUACCCGCUCCUGGCCACCCUGAAACAGUUUCUGCAGACUCAAAAAGCUGGCUGUCGGGAUUCCGAUAUGGCUAUGCUGAGGAUGUGAGCGAUGUUGACCCUGAUCGCUAUUCUUCCGUAAACGACGACAACCAAACCCUAUCCGACAGCGCAGACACAUCCGACACAUCCGAUCUCUCAGACCCUUCUGACCCUUCUGACAACUCUGAGGCCAAGGGCAAUGAAGAAACCUACAAACAAACCGAAUCUCUUCCCUCGGAGCCCGAGAUCCCGACGUCUUACGUUGAUGGAUUAGCCGUCCCUCCAUGCCGCCUACUGCCAGGCGCAGACAAGGUCGUCGUGAUCGUUAAGACCGGGGCCACCGAGGCAUUUGCCCGCCUUCCUCAGCAACUUUUGACGCUUGCCGAGUGUGUCCCCAAUUUCAUGGUCUUCUCUGACAUGGCUCAAGACAUGGGUGACUUCCACAUCUACGACGCCCUUGACGAGGUCGGAAAGGAGUACAAGGAGAACCACGAAGAUUUUAAGUUCUACAAUCAGGUUCAUACCGCACACGCUGCCCACGGAGAUGUGAGUGUGCUCGGCUCCGAGAAGGGCUGGAAUUUGGACAAAUGGAAGAACAUUCCAAUGCUACACAAAGCAUAUACUGUCUAUCCUAACGCCGAUUGGUACAUGACCAUUGACGCGGAUACUUAUCUCGGCUGGACCAACCUGCUCCUUCUCCUCAAUAAGAUGGAUCCAGAAGAGCCACUAUACGCUGGCUGCGUCUAUUGGCAUGGACCUACAGCAUUUGCACAGGGUGGUACCGGCUAUCUUCUCUCGAAAGCCUCGGUCAAGAAAUUCGAGGAAAUUCGAACUCCAGAAAAGAUUGCAGACUGGGAAAAGGAAACGUCCACAAUUUGCUGUGGCGAUGUCAUGCUUGGAGUCGCUAUGGGUCAUGCUGGAGUCAGUGUAAGCGGUGCUUGGCCCAUGUUCCAGGUCGACCCACCUUCUGGCCUGACCUGGUCGGAUGCAUAUUGGUGUAAACCAGCAAUCACUUGGCAUCAUUCGCCCACCUUCGAGGUUGAAGCUUUGUGGGACUUUGAGAAAGAGUGGCUGAACAAGACCUGGGAUGACGAAGAUCCUGGAUCGGUUCCGUAUCUCUAUCGAGACGCCUUUGAAUACUUCGUCGAACCUAUUAUAACGGAGGAGAAGGUCGAUUGGGACAAUCUCUCUGGCGACAUGACCUACACAAAACCAGCUGCAGACCAUGUAAAGGAGGACAACGACUGGGAUUGGAAGAAUGACGAAGAAAAGCAAAAAAUGUGGGACGACUUGUCAGAACUUCAGAAAAAAUCUGCCGAGUCGGCGAAUGACUGUAUAGAAGCCUGCAAGGACAACACAGAGUGUGUUCAAUGGUCUUGGCAUCCUGGGACCUGUAAGCUCCAAAAGUCUAUCAAGCUCGGUCGCACAGCAGACCCAAAAAAGGAGACGACUUCUGGAUGGAUGUUGGAACGCGUCAAAGUGUUCAAAGAAUCGCGAGGUGACUGUGAGGAUGCAACAUGGUCUGUGGACGGUCAUUGA